AUGGAACGACUUCUGCCAAUGGGCGGCUUUCAGCUGCCCUUUCAGCGUCGCUUGAGCCGUCUUUACAAUGACACCAAAAAAUCUAGCGAUUUUGUCAAAGAGCCUGCCCAGCAUGAAGAUGAUCCCGAGAUCAAAGCGCUCUAUCGCAAACUACGCAUCCAAAAGGAUCGCUUUGUCAGCUGGGGACUGGAGUGGUCCGAUCCCAACCAGUCUGCCGAAAUCGAUGAGUCUCUCUCCAAGGCCGGCCUGAGUGAGGUCGUUGGUAGUAUCAUGUCCACUAUCAAGGAUAUCCUUGCGGAAGCUGAACCUCUAUGGCUAAGCUAUAAGCGAGUUGUUGAGGGGGUUCGCCCAUCGCCAGAUCGAAAAGCACCGUUGGUCCAAUGGGACAAGGGUCGAUUCGAGGAUCUUAUUCGGGACCUCACUGCUUCCAUUGAUACCCUCUACGACCUGUCGAGAAUGCGCUCUUCUGAUGCCGCGAAUCACCUGGUGACUAAGUCACCCUUCAAGUCGGCCGCCGCUGAGGGCGACUUUAGACCAUUCGAGUCAACACGGAUGCAGACUCCCCAGCAAAUCGACCCUAGGAGUUUGACACACCUACAACCUAUGCAAGAUGGACUCAGCACGAUAUCUGCGUCUUGCCGAAACGUUGUCUACAUGAGCAAGACAGCCUACUCCGAGCUUACAACCCAUGGUGCUACCCGACAACCAUGGGCCCCUCUUCUGCUCGAGUAUGCCAACUUUGACCCCAUCUAUUCAACUACGGGUAUUAUGCCCCCAAUGGCUCGCUUCGAAAAGCUAUCGGCCGGUCUUCAGAAAGAUCCUCAGAGGGCCCCUGGUUCUUGGACUGGUCUACCUCGUCUACUCGGCUACUUUGAAGACCUAGAAAACUCUCGGCUUGGCCUGGUAUAUCUCUUUCCCCCUUCGUUCAACACUCUCGCUUCCAGCAAAGUGAGUCAAAACCCUCAGUAUAGCUUGCCCACUCUGAGUGAUCUCCUUGCUCGCGGCGGCUCAGAACCACCACUGGAAGCAAAAUUUCGAUUUGCGUAUAACCUCACAAAUACGGUAUUCGACCUGCAUGCUAGAGGAAUAACUCACGGCAACCUAUCCGAUGCCAACAUUUCAUUCAGCAGAGCUACUGCAGCUGGCCCUGGCGAUGAGAAAGGCCAUGUGGAUAUUCGUCGGCCAGUGCUAUCAUCGUUUGACGUCUUUACUGAAGAGUUUUCACCCGAAACCUCGAUAUGGCGGCAUCCUCUGGACCCUCGAGCUGCACGGGCGUCACCUCUUCCACAAUCUACUGAUGAGAGAGUCCUGGAAGUCUAUUCCUUGGCGAUGAUACUGCUAUCUAUUGGAUUGUGGACGAAGCUGGAAGAUCUUGCGCCCAGUGCAGCGCCCACGACUGUCCCUGAAUCUGCUCUAGACACGUUGGCUAUCAGAUGCGGUACGUUGUACAUGAAGGCCGUCCAAGCCUGUUGGAAGGUAGUCGAUGAGGAGCUCUCCGGCGUGGCUAAAGGGGAGUCAUUGCUUUCGGCCGUUCAAAUGCGCGUCACUCGAUUCCUGGAAGCCUGCUGCAUUCUAGAUGGUGUCAGCGGAUUCGAGGAAAGGUUAGGUCAGGAGCCAUCUCCCGUGGAAGCCCCCCAAUUAGCUAUUGCCGGACCAUCGAAAGACGUCAAAGACAAAAAGUCAAUUGCAGAGCCUGUGACCCCUGCCAAGAAGCCGCUUCCGCAGCCGGCACCAACUUAUACCAAAGAUCAAAGCAUAGAGACAAAUGAGCCCGAAACAAAGGAAGCCAAGCCUGAGACCAAAGUUCGACUAUACCCCCAUGUACCCUUGCCUCCUGAUGUGGUGGAGAAAUGGAACUCCAUUCUCAUGCCACAGAUCAAUACUGCUCUAAAGUCAUUCUAUCGCAAACACCCGGAGUCGGUCGAGAUAUCUCUCGAGUCUGUUGGCCCAAGCCCUCACCAGACCAGACCUACAGUUUUGGUAGUCUGCACAUCGGUCGGCAAAGUCCGUGCCAUCCUGAACAAGAAGCUUAGUGAACUCUUUGACGACACUACAGGCUUUGGCCUCAAGGUUUGCCGUGGCAGCGUCAUCCGAUCACGGAGACAAGCGGGCGCAAUCAUGAGAUCCAUGGCACGGGGAAGCAGGUCCGGUGGGAAUCAUGAUGGUGAUGAUGACCAUGCCGAAGCUGUGAACCCUGAGUAUCAAGAGAGGCCAAAUAACGGUGCAAGUAUUGGAGCUUGGAUUGGAGAUCGCCACUUGCCGCCUGUGAGCUUUGGCGGCCUCGUCAUCGUCGAUGACAAGAUAUAUGGAAUGACUGUCCAUCACAUGCUCGAUGAUCCGGAUCGAGACUUUGGUCUUCCUGAUACCAUGCGCAGCAGCGCCAUUCCCGGCCGGGAGUGGCUUCCUGAGUCGACCUUUGGAAGCUUUGACAGCGAAGACUUCUCCUACGAGCUAUCCGACACAGAAUCAGAGCCGUAUUCUGAGACGGACCUCACUAGCGACUAUGAAGAUGAUGAAGACGAGGAAGACGAAGAGUACAAUGAGCCUGGUGAUAUACCCGGCAUAGAGCCUGGAUGUGGCGAUGGCUACAUCGUCACUCAGCCUGCCCUGGAUGACGUCGAAGAAGGAUUUUACCCUUAUGCUGAGACUGAAGAUGAAGAUCAUCUUGACACAUACAGCCUGGGCGAAGUGUAUGCUUCGAGUGGUAUCCGCCGCAAGCAAGCCAACGGUUUGGUGCACGAGGUUGACUGGGCCCUCUUUGAAUUUGCCGACGGGCGCCUGCCAGACGACAAUUAUAUUCCCAAGGUUUCUGAUGAUGCAAACCGAAGAUCGCGUACGCUGGGCAAGAAAAUGCUCCGGCCGACAACGGUCGCACCAUGGUCUUCUCUUCCAGGUCUUGAGGUUCAGUGUGUCGCACGAACGAGUGGCACGCAAACCGGACAGAUUCUGCCAGCCCUGACGAGCGUCAAGAUUUAUGGACGCCAGUCACCAAGUCAUACGUACCAAAUUGCCAGCACGCCGUCUCCGGCAUCAGGCCCUUCUUCAAAACCCUCAAUUCCUCUGGGCAUACCGGGAGACAGUGGCGCCUGGAUUGUCGAUCGGCAUCACGGGCAGCUCUGCGGACACGUGCUAGCCUGGAGUCAGCGUAAGCAUGUGGCCUAUAUCUGCCCGAUGGAUGUUUUGCUCCUUGACAUUGCGCAAACUCUGGAAGCAACAGAGGUGCGACUACCGGGUGGCGAGCCUGUUGUAAUGCUCCACGACCCCGAAGAGCUUGACCACACGCGUCGAUUAGCAGAGGACCAUGAGGAUGCUCUGGGGGAGGAGGAGGAAGAGGAGGAGGAAUAUGACAUGCCUCCAGCUCUGGUGGGCCAGCCAUCGAGCCCAAAGAGAAUCGCGACGCCAGUUACCUCAUCAAGCCCGAUUAUACUGGAGGUUUCUGAGCUGCCGGGGAUCACGAGGCAGAUGGACAGUAUGAAGAUUGGCAAUCGAAGGGUUGAUGUCAACGUGUAGAAAGGCGUUGGAUAGAUUAGGCUUGGAUUUCGUUACAAUUUUUUGGUAAUGCUGUAGUCUUUGUAUACCCUACUUUUGAAGGAGCAAUCAGCUAUGGAAAUGGUAUUCAUUUUGUAUUUCUCUUCUUUAUUUUUACUGGCCGCUUCAGAUGAUGGCUGUAGCAAUGAAAUCGAUUUUACAU